AUGGUGAAGACACGUGCAUGUAGGUCCAAAGCCCCUUCUGUAUCGCAAGAAGAUGAUGAUGAAGUGCAGAGUGAAAGUGGUGAUGAAAGUAGUGAUAGUGAUAACAGUGUCAUGAAUGUGCGAUUUGAUGAUAGUGAGGAUGAUGACUUGGAUGAUGAUAUGUUUCUCAGGUACACUGAUGUUGGGGUUGAGGGUGAUGAGGGUGUUAUGGGCAGGAAUGAAGAGUUUAUGUUUGUUAUGCCUAAUGAUGAAGCUGUGUUCAGUGAUGCAGAGUAUGCUUCUGAUUCACUUGAUACAGUUGAUGGUUCAACUGAAGAAGAGGGGGAGGCAAAGGAUGCUCAUCCUGUGUUCAAGGCAGUGAAGCAUAUGGAUAGCUUUAAGUGGCAUCUGGGUAUUAGAUUUCCAAGUAGGGAUGUUUUCAAAGAUGCAGUGGCUACUUAUGGCAUUCAAGGUGGCUGGUCUUUGAAGUGGAUUAAGUUUGACAACAUUAGGGCAAGAGUUGGUUGUGCAGAAGGUUGCAAGUUUCUAUUGUUUUGUUCAAAGCUCAAGGGUGCUGAUACAUGGGAGUUGAAGACAGUUUACAAUGAACAUGUUUGUGAGAGGACAAGUGGGAAAAUUUUGUUGAAUUCGAAAUGGCUUGCCAAUCGUUUGGUUGAUAAAAUGCGAAGAAACCCAAAGAUGAAGCUAGCAGAGAUAAUGCAGAAGGUUAGGGACAAGUACACAAUUGAUAUCAGCAAAACUUUGGCCUCAAGAGCAAGGAAGAAAGCCUUAGAGGUAGUCCAUGGAAGCUAUGCAGAACAAUAUAAGAGGUUGAAUGGAUAUGUAUUGAACCUUGAUAUUGUUGCCUUCUGA